GGGAGGAGCUCGUGUCUUUUAUUGCUUAUUGGCCUUGAGUGCGUUUCUAAUGAUCUGUACGUAGUUUGCUUAUUCAAUGUUGAUAAAUUUUAAUAAUAUAAUUAUAGAUUUUCAAAUUCAACGAUAACUCUGAUAUUGUGAAAAUAGUAAAAAUUGAUAUUUCCUGUCGUAUACAAUGGUCAGCUUAUAGGUGCCAACUGAAAAUUCAUUUGAUCUCCUGUUAAAAUGAGUGUGCUGUUCAGUACGUGUCUGGAUGAGCGAUGCCGCUACCGAAUAGUGUACCCUGCAUCAUACACGACUGUCACUUGCCGAGGCUGUGGUCAGACCCACUCUGUCGCCCACUUUCCAGAAAAGACAUCUGUAGAAGAUGCACCCACCAAAGUUCAAACAUUGAUUAAAAGCUUACUCAUCGAAACACAGACACCUAAAAGAAGCCCAGAGACAAUCAAAGUUCUUGGCAUCUCUAACUACCACCAUAAGUUGCUAUCCCCAUUACUCACUCUUUAUGGAAUGGACAAACAUACUGGAAAAGCAAGACUUCUCAAGGAAUUGAUUAAAAGACCGACACUGGACUGUAGUGUAUUUGGUGAUCGGGGAUUCAGCAUCGAGAGUCGGCACCUGCACAUCAGUGGUUACGGUAGAGACCAGAGCGGCAGUGCCUCCUACCUCGCAGACACUCUGGCUCUGUUGCUGCCUUACAAUGACAAUAAAGAGACAUUGGUGCCACUGCAUGUUGAUGGGGAUGGUCACUGUCUGGUACAUGCCGUGUCCAGAGCUUUGGUAGGCCGGGAGUUGUUCUGGCAUCCCUUGCGUGUCCAUUUACAGCAGCAUUUCAAGGACAACUUGGAUACCUACAAGGUCUCAUUCAAAAUUUAUACAAUCAUAGAAAAGUUACAGUAGUAUUCAAAUUAUAUU